AUGCAGCUGGCCCUGCUGUCCCGGCUGCUGUCCGUCGGGCGGGCGGUGCUGGCGGCGCUGCGAGGGCGCCUGGGCGCGCUGUGCUGGAGCCUGGCUCCCCUGUCGCUGUCCCUGUCCCUGUCCCUGCCCGGCUGGCGGGACUCGGCCCCGCGGCCGCAGCGGGAGCAGGAAUGGGACGACGCGCCCCCGACGCCCACCAGCGUCAAUUACCACUUCACCCGGCGGUGCAACUACAAGUGCGGCUUCUGCUUCCACACGGCCAAGACCUCCUUCGUGCUGCCCCUGGAGGAGGCCAAGCGGGGGCUGGCGAUGCUCAAGGAAGGAGGAAUGGAGAAAAUCAAUUUCUCGGGAGGAGAACCGUUUCUUCAUGACAGAGGCGAAUUUGUAGGCAAACUGGUCCAGUUUUGCAAGCAGGAGUUGGAGCUGCCAAGUGUCAGCAUUGUUAGCAAUGGCAGCCUGAUCAGAAAGCAGUGGUUCCAGAAGUACGGUGAAUAUUUAGAUAUUCUGGCAAUUUCAUGUGAUAGUUUUGAUGAGGAUGUCAACGUUUUAAUUGGCCGUCAUCAAGGAAAGAAGAACCAUGUGGAAAAUCUGCAUAAGCUGAGGCAAUGGUGCCGAGAGUAUGCAGUUGCUUUUAAAAUAAAUUCAGUCAUAAACAGAUUUAAUGUUGAAGAAGACAUGAACGAGCAGAUCAAGGCACUCAACCCUGUGCGCUGGAAGGUAUUUCAGUGCCUGCUUAUUGAAGGGGAGAACAGUGGUGAGGAUGCUCUUAGAGAAGCGGAAAAGUUUGUUAUCAGUGAUGAAGACUUUGAUCGAUUCCUGGAUCGCCACAAAGAUGUCUCCUGCUUGGUACCUGAAUCUAAUCAGAAGAUGAGAGAUUCAUACCUCAUUCUGGAUGAAUAUAUGCGUUUUCUAAACUGUAGAAAUGGACGGAAGGAACCUUCCAAGUCUAUCCUGGAUGUUGGUGUAGAAGCAGCUAUAAAAUUUAGUGGAUUUGAUGAGAAGAUGUUCCUAAAAAGAGGAGGAAAGUAUGUGUGGAGUAAAGCAGAUAUGAAACUGGACUGGUGACUCAAUAUAUAGAGUUAGGGCAGUGCACUCUGUAAAAAUGGGUGUAUCUUUAUAGGUGAGUGUAUACUUGUAUCUGAUGCUUUUAACUACACUUGGUAUUUUACACAGACUGAUCUUCCUCUCAUCUGCAUACAUACAUGAUAUUUGCAGAAAUGCUGGGGGAUGUAAUUUUCUGUGAAAGCAUAUUUUUAGUCAUGAAGAAAAUAUUGUAUUCGUCCAUCCUAAAGCCUAGUGGUACAUUUUACCUAAUGAUAAACAUCAUAUUUCACAUUGGCAAUGUCUUUAUUACAACAAAUAUUUACAGUGAAACCUUGUUUUCAUUUUAUUAGUUUUAUUCAUUUUAUUUUCCUUUCAUCUGCAAAUAUUGAUUUAUUAUUUUAAACUAUUUUCAAACUGUAGGCAUACAGUUCUGAUGAAGAUUCCUUCUCAAACUAUUUAAUAUCAUGUAGAACAACCUAACAUAUAUCUUCUGUUGCAUACUAGCUUUUUAUUUUGCUAAGUCAUGAAACUACAAACAACAAAGUUCAUAUAUCAAGCAACCUUGUUUUAAAGGUUGCUUGUCUCAGUAACUAAUUAGCUUGCUGGUUAUAAACCUGCAGACUUUACAUGAAACUAAUUUGUUUUUGUGAGAGCUGCCUUUGAUUUUAAGAGCAGGUAGCAUCAAUAUAAAAUACAAAAAAAUAAAAAAAAUCCCUAACACCUGAAAAAUCUCUAAUAUACUGCCCUCAUUUUUGCUUUCUGGGCAAUUUUUAUGGCUUUAUAAUUGCAGGUUUUCAAAUUUAACUAGUUCCAUCCUACCUCUGUCUGAAGGGCACAGGGAUAGGCACUGCACAGAGCA